AUGGGAACGAUAAUGGAAACGAUUGUCGGCAAUGGGAGCGAAUGCAUGAGGGCACAGAUUAAGCUCGAUUCGGUGGAGAUUGGAAUUGUCGUUUGUCAACUGCCUCCUGUCAGGCGUGCGCGAGUACAACAUCGGGAGACAUUUUCCAAAAAUAUUAAAUGCAAUUUCAACCUAGAUGGACCAAUAACAGUUCACUGGGAUGGAAAGCUGUUACCUGAUCUGUCUGGUAAAACUACUGUAGAUCGACUGCCAAUACUCAUAUCUUCAGGCCAUGACACACAACUUCUCGGAGUGCCAAAAUUAGAGAAAGGCUCUGGAGAAAAUCAGGCCAAUGAAAUUUGUAGUUUGUUAAAUAACUGGGAGCUGAGCGGUAGAGUCAAUGCGAUGGGUUUUGACACCACUGCAGCAAAUACUGGAUCAAUGAAAGAAGCAUGCACCCUUAUUGAGAAACAUUUAGGGAGGGAUCUUCUGUGGUUUGCCUGUAGACACCACAUCGUGGAGUUAUUAAUGUCUUUUGCUUGGGACACGCUUUUUCACUCAACAGGUUCUUCAUCCACAAUGUUCGUCCGAUUUCAAUCAGCUUGGCCAACUCUCAAGUUAGAGUUUGAAGAAAAAAUGACCGAUAAAAGUAUUAUUCAUGAGCUCGGAGACGAGAAAUACAAGCUCAUAGGUUUCAUAAGAGAUCAACUGGUAAACAGACAAGUUCGUAACGAUUACAAGGAGCUAUUGAAUUUAGCUCUGGCUUUUUAG